UUUGAUGCUGGGGAGGAAGAGGGUGAAGAGUCCGGGGCUAGAGGAAUUAGGCGCAGAGUAAAUCCUUCGGGCAAUGUCUGCAGACAGGAAGAGGGGGAGCAGCUGGGACGGAGAGGGGGCUGGAGGUCGGCCUAGUGGUGACGGCCUUAAAAGGCUGGAAAAGUCAGAUGCUGACUAGUUCUUGGCGUGGCCCUCAUCAAAGCCCUGCUGUAUCCCAUUGGGACGGGCCUCCACUGCGCAGAACUGUGUUCGUCUCGUCGAAGGCGCGAGAGCGCAUGCCCAGAGCGGCGGGCAUUGUCACGUGCGCCGGUCUCGCGGCCUCUGGCUCCAGCCGGCGAGCUCGGGGGUUCGCGAGCGCCGGGGCCGCGGCGGCUGGAGCAGAGGGAGCAACGGCGGCUGUGGAAGAGAGCCGGCACCCGGGACCGCCCGUCACCCCUCCGAGAUGGAGGUCCUGGACGAGUUCGACGGCGAGUUCCCCCAGAGCGUGACCUUCUGCCAGCUCAUCUCCGAAGACGACUUCGAGUGGCAGGCGGUGACCUACACGGAGCGCGCGCUGCGCCGCCUCUUCCGCAGCCUCGACAGCAACCCCACGCUGGCCGAGAGGGUGGUGCGCCGGAGCAAACAGGCCGAGCGCGAGCGGCGCGGGCUCCUCUCCUUCCUCUGGGCGAAGUUCGUCUGUGCCGUCCAGGGGGAGCUGAACUGUUGCAACACCGUGGGCGCCCUGGAGAUGCGGCAGCGCCUGGAACAGCUGAAGGAGCGCAUCCACCGCGUGCACCUCUACUCACAGGGUGCCAAGAAGAAGAGAAGGAAGCCAGAACCCAUCCUUUUGCGGGACCAACCCACCUCUGCGUGCCUGCCAUCAGCUCUGCCGGCACCUCCAUCGUUGCCACCAACUGCCACCAUCAUGGCUGCCCCGGUGGCCCCUGUGUACACUAUGCCCAGAGUCUUUGGCCCCUUCCCUGUGCUGCCCAGCGAGUCGGUGGAAAACAGAGAAGUUUCAAGGUCUACAGUGAAAUUAAACUGGACUAGCCUGUCAUCAAACCCAAAGAGCCACAUAGUAGAUCUGACCCCUGUGGUCCUCAACCCUGGACGCGUCCAUUUCUCGUACCUGGCUGGGAACAGUCCAGACAAGCUCCAUGGCCCUGACUUCCCCUGGACCUCGGCCUGUAGUGAUUGCCACAGCACCGAGGAGACGCCAUCCCCUCCUGUGAAGGCCUCCGUCUUUAAUCCGCCUGUCCUGCUCAAGUUCCAGCCUGUGCCCAGGCCCAAAGAUGACUCAGAGAAUGACGCUGGCAGCAUAGAGCCCAAGCCCCACAAGAGGGACCCGUAACCUCUUCCCUCCAGACCAUGGCCAGAAGAAUGAAUAAAGUUCCUAUGGAGGCUCUUUGCUUGUGCUGGUCUCCCAAGGGGCACAGCACUACCCUUGUCAGGAUCCUAGCACAGCCCCCACUGUCCAAAGCACAUUGUCUAACUUAGCAUAAUAUGGACCG